UUAAAUGUCCAUCCGUGUCGUCUUGCCAUUCUCUAAUGAGUCUGGAAAUAUUACCAUUUCAAUGCAUGGUCAACAUGUUGCCAUUACUGUUCUUUUUUCCUACCGAACUGGAAUGCAUCAUGUGACAAAUCAGCUGAUAGAAGAAAAAAAAGAGAACAGCAAGGCCAUCUUCUCGUGUGACGCAUGCCUCACGCUACGGUACGCCAUUUGUGUCUAGCAGCAAAAAGCGCGGACUGUGGAAAUAGUCGUAUAACAAGAGGAGUUUGAUCCAGCCUUGAUGACCGCAAACAACUGUACUGAAAUAUAGAUAUAGCAAUAUAUGAUAUGGAUAAAACAUUGAUAUCAGAAGAGGAGGCUGUUGAGAACAAAGUGCCCAAAGAUGACACCAGUGGGAAGGUGAAGCCAGAUGAUUUGGAAAUGGAGGACACUGAAAGAGACUCAUCCAGUCGGACUGCUGAGCCUGGUGAAGAAGAUGAGGAACUUGCCAAGAGGCUGCAGCCAGACUCUGUACUUGAAGAUGGGGAUAGCCUCUGCUCACUUUGUGGCUUCUCAGCCAAAUGUCCAAGAUCACUGAAGAUUCACUAUGCAAGAAAGCAUGGAAAAAACUCAAAGAUUACAGCCGCAAAGCCAGCUGGAAAUAUCUCUGACGCAAAUCCAACUAAAACCCAACAGGAAGUAGACAUGAAGACAGAAAGUGCAGCUGAAGUUGAACAAAACCAGGAGUCUGACCUUGAUGAGCUGAGGUCGUCAGUCAACGACGACACCGUGAACACAAAUAGUUUAACUAAAAAGGAAGCUGUUACAGACAAACAGCAGGCAGAUCCGGAGGAGGGGAUCUCUACCCAAGAAAGAAGAGUAAGCAAGCGAACCCCAAAACCUAAAAUGAUAUAUUCCUGCAAUUACUGUGGACAAGAGUUUAGGGACAAGUCCCCUCUAGAUGUGCAUAUCCAGAGAUACCACACCAAAGACACCCCAUACACAUUUGAUGGGAGUGACAAUAUGGAUGACAAAAAGGAAGUUGAGGAUCUUGACAGCGCUCUGAAGGCUACUCCAACUCGAGUGGCAGCAAAACGCGGCCUCAGCCGGUUCCAGCUCAAGUGUACGAACUGUGAUUUUAGGGUCAGCACCUCUGCGUUGCUGGAGAGCCAUGCUCGAAUCAAACACCCAAACCAGGAGUGGUACCGUUGCAAAUUGUGCAACUUCUUUUCGGCCACAUCUGAGUGGAUGGAUUCUCACCUGUCCUCAGAUAGUCACGUGCAGCAGCAGAAAAGGGAGAAAAGCACAGAGUCUUCCUCAUUUGAAGUCUACGUUGAGACAGUAAGUAGAGAGGAUGCUGGAGAUGGUGCUAACGUAGAGGAUAUGGCUUUGACAAAAAGAGAUCGGGAAACUGAAGAGGAAGUGGAUGCUGCCAAAGUUGUGUUGGUUAACGAGGAAGAUGCCGAGCUUGAGUCUCCCAAAAAGAAAAGAGGAAGAACCAAGCAUGGGUCCACAACCACAUGUGGAUAUUGUGGCCUGGUAGUGUCCAACGCUGCUAACCUCAGUGUCCACGUUCGCCGCAAACACAGCAAGGAGUACGGCUACAGCUGCACUCUGUGCAACUACAGCUGUGUGACAAAAGGAGACAUGGAUCGCCAUUGUUUCACCAAGAAACAUGUUAGGCGUGCACAAGAGUGCGCAGAUAAGAACCAAGUCGACAAUCAAACAAGUGUAUCACCACAGGAACCCACAAAUGCCCAAGCCGAGAAACCAAACACAGCCUCACAGACCACCGACAAAGAACUGGAAUCUGACAUCACAGCCUCCAAAGAACAUAGUGAAGAAGAGCAAACUCAGUCAGACCCAAGCCCCAAAAAAAGUAAAUAUGACUCUGUUAAUGCUUGUAGCCAUUGCGAUUUUGUAGCUCAAUCAAUCCCUUCGCUCCAUCUUCACGUCAAGAGAAAGCACACCAAAGAUUUUGAGUAUGUGUGUCUAGCAUGUAGCUACUAUGCUGUAACAAGCAGGGAAAUGUCUCGUCAUGCAAACACAGAAAAGCACAAACAGAAAAGCCAGAAAUACCUGGAGCCGCUAGGAAGCGCGAGUGAGGGCCAGAAAGCUUUGGCACACCCAUUGAAGCUAAAGGAGGUCAUAGAGCUUGUGGGGGCAAAUGCUAACCCUGAAUGUGAACCCCAUAGCUCCACAGAUGAGUCCGACUCUUGUUCUGAUAACAGCCAAGCGAUGGAAAGUCAGAAUACAUCUGCACCCUCGGUCGCCACAGUGCCCGCUGCUGCUGACAAACAAGCAGAGAGAGUUACAUCUUCCAGUAGUGGUGAACCAGAUCCAACCAGCGAUACAAUUGGAGAUACAGCGAUGUGUGAACCCCAGCCGGCUCCAGCAGAACUUCAGCCUGCAGUGGUUGAGCCCGCACAGCAAGAAAACCAGCAGGAAGUGAGCAAACUAGCAGACGAAGAACACUUAAAUGCAGAUGAGAUGAUUACAGAUGCAAAAAGUGACAACUCUCAUUCAGAUACACAGAUGUCCAAAGCCCUUCCCUUUGAUGCUUGCAUUGUAUCCACGAAGGCCAUUGCUGAGCAUGAGCUGCAGGAAGGUCUGGCUCUAGAGGGCGAGGCUGCCGUGAUAUGUCUGACUGGAGGAACAUCGAUGCCCUCAAGCUUCCUGCCCCCCACUUCCGCAUUCAUCAAGAAGCUCACGCGCAAGGAAAUGAAGGGGAGAAAGGAAGCCAAAGGAAGCAGCUCUCGCAUCCGCUGCGAGGACUGUGGCUUCAUGGCCGAUGGCAUCAGCGGCCUCAACGUCCACAUCUCGAUGAAGCAUCCGUCCAAGGAGAAGCAUUUCCACUGCUUGGUGUGUGGCAAGUCUUUCUACACCGAGAGCAACCUGCACCAGCAUAUGACCAGUGCCGCCCACCUCCGGAACGAGCAGAACAGCGUGGAGGAGCUUCCCGAAGGGGGCGCCAGCUUCAAGUGCGUGAAAUGCACGGACCGCUUUGAGUUGGAACAGGACCUGUUCCUUCACAUCAAAGAGAAACAUGAGGAGCUUCUGAGGGAGGUCAACAAGUACGUGGUGGAGGACACGGAGCAGAUCAACCGCGAGCGCGAGGAGAACCAGGGCAGUGUGUGUAAAUACUGUGGCAAAGUGUGCAAGAGCAGCAACUCCAUGGCCUUCCUGGCACACAUUCGCACACACACCGGAUCCAAGCCCUUUAUGUGUACCAUCUGCAACUUUGCAACGGCUCAGCUGGGAGACGCCAGAAACCACGUGAAGAGACACCUCGGCAUGAGAGAGUACAAAUGCGACAUCUGUGGAUGGGCCUUUGUGAUGAAGAAACACCUCAGCACCCACCUGCUGGGAAAACAUGGAGUUGGACAGCGUAAAGAAAGGAAGUUUGAGUGUGAGUUGUGCGAGCGCUCUUUCAGUGAAAAAUGGGCUCUGAACAACCACAUGAAACUGCACAGUGGGGAGAAACCAUAUAAGUGUGCCUGGCCGUCCUGCCACUACGCCUUCCUCAACCUGUCAGCCAUGAAGGACCACUACAGGACACACACAGGAGAGAAGACCUAUCUAUGUGACCUGUGUGGGUUUGCUGGAGGCACGAGACACGCCCUCACCAAACACAGACGCCAACACACAGGUGAGCAACCAGAACCCAGCGAGGGCCCGCUCUCUUUUUUUUUAUUUUUUUGUUUUUUUAUCUUAGGCCCCAGUGGAGCCGGGCUGGACUGUGGCCCCAUGAUGGAGAGAGGUGUCUCUGCAAAAGUGAAAACAAAUUCUCUCCUUGGCUGGCGUGAGCUAUGGCACUGUGAGGUUUUAUUGUCCCGGCCAAGAUCCAACUGUGCUGAGAACAUCCGGAAGCACAUUCUGCAUACGGGCAAACACGAGGGCGUGAAGAUGUACAACUGUCCCAAAUGUAACUAUGCCACCAACUCGCCCAUGGAGUUCCGCAACCAUCUGAAGGAAAGUCACCCUGAUAUCGAGAAUCCAGACCUCGCCUACCUACAUGCAGGUAUCGUGUCCAAGUCUUUCGAGUGUCGCCUGAAGGGUCAGGGGGCUACGUUUGUGGAAACAGAAGCCAUGGACUCCCCUGUGCACAAUAAUGGCUCAUUGGAGGCAUCCGGCCACAAUGAUUCUAUCCAGCAGGUCAUCAUUAUCCAGGGCUACGGCGACGGGGAGGUGACCAUCGACCAGGCCCUGGAAGAGUCGGCUGCUGCCACCCUGCAGACGCUGGCCAUGGCCGGCCAGGUGGCAGAGGUGCUCCACAUCACAGAGGAUGGACAAGUCAUAUCCUCGGGCAGGGAAGUGGCAUCCGCAGGGGCCCACCUGGCCGAAGGCAGCACCCGGUACAUGGUACUGGAGUCGGGCGAGGCCAGGAAAGAGCUGCGGGCUGUGGUUAGAGGAGGAGUAGCAGUGGAAGCCGCAGGACAAAGUCACAUGGUUUCGGAAUCGUCCACAGCUCUGGAUGCUCUGCUCAGCGCCGUCAGCGAAAUGGGCCAUCAGGAGGAAAUGCAAGGGCAGGCUGUCGUCACCCAAGAGGUCCUGAAACCUGAGAUAGUAGAGGCUGUGCAGAGCGUAGCGCAGCCGGACAUCAAACAGGAAGAGGAAGAGAUACAGGUCAUCCAGGAGACCAGCCGCCAGGAGAUGCAGGAGGUGCUGCAGCUCGCCGCGUCCCAGAUGAUGAAGAAAGGUCUGACCCAGGUUAUUGUCAACGACGAGGGAACGCACUACAUUGUGACAGAGCUGGACAACUGCACCUUACAGGUGGAGGGGAGCGUGUAUGGAGGGGCAGGGGACGGGGAGGGGCAGCAGGCUGAGCAUCAGGCUGGAGAAGAGAUGGUGGUCUAUCUGGAUGGAACCCCUCAUAAUAUAGUUCUGGAAGGGUAGAGGAUAGAGAAAUGAGCUGAGAAGAGGUACAGUUGUUGUUUCAUCUAAUUUGUACUUCUGUUAAAUCCUACUUUUUUCCGUUUUAUGUUUUCGACUAUCUUCUCUUGGGCUACGUUAAACUCAGGUUGCACAUCAUUUCAAAGGGACAGUGGAGGACACAGGUUUGGUGCUUGAGUUAACUUGCAAUCCUCACAACCACCAGGGCUACAUUAAAACCACUUCAUGAAUGCCAUGCAGCUUAAGGAAAGGCAAAGUUAAAAAAAAAACAUGCAUCUAAUAUUCUGAGUCAUUCAAAGGAUAAUGUGUAUUCUGCUUUUUGUUUUCUUUAUGAUACCUUUGUGAAAACUUUGUUUUGUUUGUGAUGUUAGAAUUUUGACCAUGACACAAUGAUUUAUUAAUUCUCUUUUUUACUGUUGACUUCUUUCCAUCCAUUAUAGGGAUUAGUAGAUUAGUAGUUGAUGGAUUUUAAAAAAACAAACGAACAGAUCUUACAGAUGAUUUACAUGUUGAAAUAGAGUUGGCAAUUACACAUUUCAGUUUUUUGACAACCCUAGCUCUAAAAAACAUUAAUGCCAUUUAAUUUCGCACAAUAAAGAUUGAGUCUAAUUUUUU